GCCGUGUACUUUGUUUCCGGUCGGAGACAUGAGAAUGUAGGGACCGCGUACAUGUUGUGUACACCAGAAACAGCCACGCUGAAAGUAGUCAGCGACUCCUCGAAACACCUGCAUGGAAAACUUUGAGGCACAACAUUUUAAAACAUCGUGUAUUUAUAUCCACUGAAGAGGAGGGAGAAGUUACCCGCGCUGUGACGUCACCUCCCCGCCACCAUGAAGAUCAAGAGACAGAAACAAGCCAAGAAAAACAUCAGCUUCUACAAAUACAACUUCAGCUUCAGGCAGCCGUUUCAGAUCCUCCUCGACGGAACCUUCUGCCAGGCGGCUCUGAAGAACAAGAUCCAGAUUAAAGAGCAGAUGCCCAAGUACCUGAUGGGGGAGGUUCAGCUGUGCACCACCAACUGUGCACUGAAAGAACUGGAGACUCUGGGGAAAGAGCUGUACGGAGCCAAACUCAUCCUGCAGAGGUUUCAGGUCAGGAACUGUGCUCAUUUCAAGAGCCCAGUUCCUGCUUCGGAGUGUCUGCUGUCCAUGCUGGGGGAGAGCAACCCACACCACUACUUUGUAGCCACGCAGGACCACUCACUGACCACAGGCCUGAAGAAGAUCCCGGGCGUUCCUCUGUUCUACAUCAUCGCCAACACCAUCGUGCUGGACAAACCCAGCCAGGGGUCUCUCGAUCAUGUCCAGGCCGUCCAGCUGGGGGAGCUGGUGAGCCCGGCCCAGCAGCAGAGCAUCCGCAGCCUGAAAGAGGAGCAGGGCAUCGGCCAGAAGGACGGAGAGAGGCGAGGGAGGAAGAGGAGGAGGAAACAGAGUCAUCCUAACCCUCUGAGCUGCCUGAAGAAGAAGAAGAAAGGAGUGCCGACGCCGCCCCUGAAGAAGACGGAGGAGGGGGAGAAGAGGAAAAGAAAUCGACACAAGAAGCAGAAGACGGAGGAAGGUGAUAACGUGUCUGCUCCUGCAAUAACAAAUACAUAAUGUGGCAGGAAGACAGAGACUCAAACUACUUUGUUUCUUGCAAAAAUAACAUUUGAAGAUGUCAAAUAUUUUCAUGUUUAAUAUAAAACCCAAACUUGUGCUCUGUUCUUCUGAUGUCACCACAGUGAACAUGUUCAUGUUUAUUACCCACAAUGCCAUUUUAAAAUCUCUGUAUUUAUUUUCUCUUGAAAAGUUCUGCGACAGAUUCCAGGACUCAGACAGAAACACAACAAUAUUUUCAGUAUUCAGAGGAUUUGUCUCUGGCUUUUAUAGAAAAUAUAAAAGCAGGUUUACAGGCACAUAGUUUAAGAUAUAAGCUGCACUCAGACAUUACAUGACGUACAGUUUCCAUGAAAGUGGAUUUUAAAAACCAUGCGGCUGUCUAUUGCAGAAGCAUGAGGAACAAGUGUGAUCACAAUGACUUGGUGGUCUGCUUGUUUUUACGCUGUGUGAUUUGUUAUUUCUGCUGGAUUCAGUCUGGAGCGAGAGUCCAAACAAUGACACACAUUCUUAAUACAGUAUGUCCAUUCAGACUUCACUUGGUCAUGUUCACAGUGUCCAAGUUGAUUACUUAUUAGUUUUACUAAUAAAAAAACUACUCAUUCUCUAUAGCUCUCAUAUAUUACAACAUUGAGUAUGAGCAUUGAAUAUAUUAUCUACUUCAUGUCCAAGAUUACUGUGUUAACACAACAGCUGAAUUGUUUUCUUUAUCAAGGUUAUACAACAUUAAUAUAGAGCUGCACUCUGGCUGUUUUCCUGAAACUUUCCAGAGGGGCUGUAUGUGAAAAACGCAAGCCCAGAGUAAAAUGUCUGAGGGAGCACAUGUAAGAAUAGAGCGGGAAAACAUCUGGCGAGCAAGCGGGUGGGCGUGUUGUGACGUUUGAAACGAACAAUGGAUGUGAAAGUGAAGGAAUAGAAAAGAUGCUGACAAAUUGCUAUUGUUUUCAACAUUACUGCUUUUCUGCAGUGAAAUGUAUACGUCAUGUCUCCUCCACCCAGACGCCAGCCCUUGCCUGAAUGUUCUGGAAUUGUUCCUGUUGUUGUGAACACUCCUGACCUGGACAAUCUCCUGCUGCGUUCUGGAAAAUGUCAGGACAUUGUCUGGACUUGUAACUCAAUGAUUACCCAGUUAUAAAAGGGACAUUGGAUUAAA